CGCAGGAGCUGGUGAGAGGAAUUUGCACACAAGACCCAUGUGCUCUGGGCAGCAAGCGGAGACCCAGCGGGCGAGGGGAGUGGCGUAACAUCCCACCCGCCCUUCCUCCAGCCAUGGAGCAGAUCAGUCAGUUUUUCCACUCGAUCUGGACUUUCGUCCUCUCCAAACACCAGGAGGGGGUCUACAACACCGUCUGCCUGGCUGUGCUUCUGGGGCUACCCACCCUUGUGCUCCUGCUCGGCAUCUUUGUCUGUUGCCACUGCUGUUUCUGUGGCGGUCGGAGGAAGGACAGCGGUAGCUACAGCACGAGUGAGAAGAGGAGAAAGAAGAUGAGGAGGAGAAAGAAGGAAGAGGACCUGUGGAUUUCUGCACAGCCCAAAGCGCUCAUGCUGGAAAAGAGGCCAUCUCUGCUGGCCUAGAGAAAGGGAGUGAUGGACAGGAGCUUGUGCAUGUGUUCACACACACACACACACACACACACACACACACACCUUCUGUUAAAGGUCUCACGUUGCACUUUGGGCCACAUAGCCUAAGACUGAGGACAAAUCAUGCUGGGUCCCUCCCCUUUCAGCACUGACUUUCAGCUUUUCCCUCCCUUUUCCUUUUUAUAAAGGUGUUUGGAUUGAAGAAGCUAUCUUGGCCCAUCACCGGGAUGAUGUGGGGAGUCUUUAGCUGGGCACACAUAUUUACAUGC